AUGUUUGCAUUUGUUUGGGAAGGAGAAGAUAUAGAUGAGUACUCACUUCUCGGACUGAAUGAUAGCAUAAUGAAGAGCAACCUCAAGCUAAAGCACAGCAGCCAUAUAAAGAUAAACAAGGCAAUCAUAAGUCUUGUAGGAAGUG